AUGUCUUCCGUUUCAAUUUAUACGCCCGCUACUGGCUGGUAUAACCAGCAGUUAGAGUCUCGGGAGUCCGUUACCCGGCGCUUUGAACAGUUUUCGACUGUUAUUAAAGGCUGCGAUUGUCUUGGGGCAGACAUUGUCGGCCAUGGGCACAUCGGCUUGAAGUUAAAUGUCCCUUUGAAUAGUUCGCCAAUCUUCGAAAUCAAAGAGGAUCCUGCCAUUGAUUCUAAGGGUGACAACGAAAUUGAGACGCACAAUGAAAUAAGGGAUGCGGAGCCGGAAGUUUGUCUGACUGAAACUGAGGAUAUGGAUGCAAAUUCAGAAUUAGUUUCUGCAAUGCCGUCAGUUUCCAAACGAUCAAGUUCUGGAAUCCCUUUGGCAUCGAAUUCUGGAAGUGCCAAGUUUGAAGCUUAUGGUGAUAUUGAUGAAGUCGGGGCCGAUUGGGACAACGAAAUAGAUGUAGGACUAGGCCACAAUCAGCUUGGACCCCAUGAGAAUCAUGAGGAGCAGCAACUGCAAGCUGAAGGAGAUAAUCAUUUGAAAACAACAGCUGAACUGCUGGCGGAGAAGAGGAAGAUGAAGCGUUUUCGACUGACUCAUAAUCAGACGCGGUUUCUGAUGAAUGAAUUUACUCGCCAAGCUCAUCCGGAUGCCGCACAUAGGGAACGCUUGUCGAAAGUGAUACCUGGUCUGAGUCCGCGUCAGGUGCAAGUCUGGUUUCAGAAUCGGAGGGCGAAGUUAAAACGUCUGACAAGCGACGAUCGAGAGAGGAUAUUGAAAUCACGGACGUUGCCUGAUGACUUUAACAUAGUUCAAGCCCUUAAUUUUUCCUUUGUGAACAAGGACCAGCCUUCAAGUCCUACAACUUCUCCUACCACACAAUCUUUCAAAUUCCGCCAAGGUACAGACACAUAUUCUCCCUUGAUAAUCGAUGCUGCCAGAAGAACACGUGAGGAAGAGUAUGUGGCGGCCCCUUUAAACACUACUUCCGUAUAUGGAGGCUAUUUCUCGUCAUCAACGUUCUCACCAGCUCUUCUCGGGCCAGAGCCCGAACUAUUUCCAAGCACAAUGGAAACCAAUAUAAGCCCAAUUUGCACAUCCGCCUCCAACCCACGUACAACAACUUCUCGAUGUAUGAAUAUGUUUAUACGAUCCAACAACUUCUCUAAUUCUUACUUUCGUAUUUCUCAUACUCACGUCCCUUAUUUGCCUCUCCAUGAGAUGGAAGCAAGGGAAAAUGCAGGGCUCUUGGCGUCUCCCCUGAGAGCAACCAUAUCGUAUGCUGAAGCCACUUUGGACUACGGGACUCCGGAUACUUCUUACACAGAAUUGGAUAUCCAUUACGGUGACCAGUCGUACGAUAGCUUUAUGUCGCAGAGAUUGGAGGAGAGCAGUUCGAGCAAAUCACUCAGCUUGGAAAACUUGAAAACCGAAAUCGGUGAGGGCAACGGUCCGUAA